AUGGGAGAUGCGCACCCUCGGAGUCACCGGCGCAGUCUGAUCGUUAGCUCGACUUUAGCAACCGAUAUCAAACAUAAUAUAGAGGACCAAGAACCCUCGGCCGGACUCAAUCCUAUUAGCCCUAUAACUUCAGAUUCUAUCACUACGACCUCUGCCAAUUCUCCAACAAUGUAUGGUCCAACGAUUACCAUGCUUCCUCAAGCGCAACCGUAUCAUCAAUCCCACAUGCCCUAUGUAGCGCAGGCGGCUCAACCGCGAUACCCUCAAGUGCCGAUUCAGGCGUCUCCUCCUCAUCAAUCCUUUAAUAUGCAAGGACUACAAGCUUCUUUGCAAACUUAUCAACUUCAAGGUCAUCAACACGGACAGCAAAUCCGCUAUGCGCCUGUUAUUCCCCCUCCAUCCGUUCAAUAUAAUAUCUCGCCGGCGCCCAUGCAAAUUCCCACAGUAGCAACACAAGCUGGGCCUAUGCACUCUAUUUCACAUUAUCCACAGGCGCCUGGCUAUUAUGAUCCAUAUGGCCAGAGUCCCCCAGGUGCUUCUCAUAAUAUCCCAAUCGCUGGCUAUAAUCCAACAUUCUCAGCUCCUCAACCGACAGGCGCCGAGGCACCCGUGCAAUACCCACAAUGGCCACAUGGAAGCAUGCCGUUCAUUUACCUCCCACAAUAUGGACAACAAACCGGAAUGAUUCCUCAUGUUGCCCCGUUAGACUAUAAUUACGGACAGCCACAGUCUGGGUAUAUACCUAGGAGAAGAAGUGCUCCCCAUGUGGGACAAGAGACGCACGACUUCCAGUUUGCGUCACUUACACAGUCCUUCGACCCAGCAGCGCUAGGCCAACGACAGGGUCCAGUACCAAGGCAUCUCACGCAAUCUACUAGUCGCCAGAGGAGAGGAUCUCCUGUGUCAUACAGUAAUAACCGUGUUGCUCCUGGUCUUUCACAAUCCUUAUCGGCAUGCAGUAAUUCAAGUCUUGGGAGCAGAUCUUCUAUUUCCACCCUACACCCAGUUCUGCUAAGGGGUCCACCUAGAAAGCCUAGACAGUCCGGUCACGCUCUUUGGGUUGGAAAUUUACCACCUGGAACGACAGUAACAGCAUUGAAAGAUUAUUUCGCUACAACCCUGAUCGAAAGCGUGUUUCUUAUCUCCAAAAGCAACUGUGCUUUUGUGAACUACAAAACUGAGACGGCCUGCACCGAAGCUAUGCAAAAGUUUCAUGACUCUCGGUUCCAAGGGGUUAGAUUGGUUUGUCGCUUGCGGCGAAACUCGUCACCGGGAGACGUAGAACUUGAUGGCAACGCUGAAAUAUCUAUUCCUGCCCCCAUUCAGGAAUCAUCAGAUUCACCAAGUGAAGUCGAACCCGAGGUUGCGUCACAAGUUGAUGAUCUGCCAAAGCCCAGUGAGGCAGCUGGGAAAAAAGGGAAAGACCGCUACUUCAUUGUCAAAAGCCUCACACUCGAAGAUUUGGAUACUAGUGUGUCUAAUGGAAUCUGGGCAACGCAAACCCACAACGAGGUUGCCUUGAAUGAAGCGUAUCUGGCAUCUGAGAACGUCUUCCUUAUCUUCUCGGCAAAUAAAUCCGGGGAGUACUAUGGCUAUGCCCGUAUGGUCUCUGAAAUAUCUGAUGCAGUCGCUUCUAAGAUUGAAUGGGCGCCGAUGACCCAAAAUAUUGACGAGACCGCUUUGCCGAAAGCGAUUUAUACUCCACCGACUGCUACUGCACCACGAGGGCGGAUUAUCGAUGAUUCAAGCCGUGGGACCAUUUUCUGGGAAGUGAUCGAAGAUAGCGACUCCGAAGACGAAUCUGCUCCUGUAGAAGGAACUACUAUCAGCAAGGCCUGGGGUAAGCCAUUCAGAGUCGAAUGGGUCUCCACAUCAAAAGUUCCCUUUUACAGGACCCGAGGUCUCCGCAAUCCAUACAACGUCUCUAGAGAGGUUAAAAUCGCCAGAGACGGUACAGAGCUGGAGCCUACUGUAGGAAGAAAAUUAAUUCAGAUGUUUCACCGCGGUGGCGCUGUACCGUUCGAUUCCGACACUACAAACGGAGUGGCAGAAAAUUCUGAAGCACUUGCCGAAGUCUCACAAGCUACGGAGCAUUGA